AGAAUAUUAAUUUGAAGGCAAAGAUUGGAAAAUCCUAAAGCUGGAAAUCUUCAAAAUUUAUCCCCAAGUUACACAAGAUAAAGGAGAAAUCUUGAAACUAUGAAGAAAUAUUCUUGUUUCCAAUCUUGUUUGAUAAAGAUUGGAAAUCUUUCCAUAACACCGCCAAUAAAGCACAUAAAGUGCACUUAUGCACACUAUAGGAAUUCCCAUCUAUUUACCAAAUACACAAACAAAAUUUCAGUGGCUUCUGGCCGACCUUGGACCUUUUGUCGGUUGGACCAUUCAGGAACCAUGAUGUCUUCCUCUCUAAAGAAGGACCAAAAAAUUGGGAUAGGCUUAACAGGAUUUGGACUAUUUUUCUCCUUUUUGGGAAUAAUCUUUGUUUUUCAACCGGAACUGCUUGCUGUCGGGAAUAUUGUUCUCAGCUCGGGGGUUACUCUAACCGUUGGCCUCAAGUCUACCCUGGAGUUUUUCAUGUUGCAUCAAAAUUUUAUGGGUUCCAUAUCUUUCGGCUUUGGUGUCUUCUUCAUUCUGUUGGGGUCCCUUAUCUUCGGAAUGCUGCUGGAAGCCUUUGGCUCUUUCGUUCUAAUCAGUUCCUUCUGGCCAAGGUUCAUAUACAAUAAAAUUGAUGUAAUUGUAAUGUGGUUCGUUUUUUUGCAUUGACACUACUUACCACAUGAGGAGUGACUAUUACAUAAUAAAAUUGAUGUAAUUGUAAUGUGGUU